GGGUAGGGUAUGUUUUCUUCGUUGUAUAUGUUAGCUCAGAUCAGGUUUUUAGCCAAUGGCUGAGAACCUGAGUGGAAAAGGGUGGAGAGAUUUGAGUCAGAGAGAAAGCAGAGUACUUUCUGAGGAGGAAGGGGCCUGUCAGGUUGAAUUUACUGUGGAGGAUUUUGGUGUCCCGGGAGAACUCGCAGGCAAGUGUGCAAUUAAGGGACUGGAAACUGGAUAUGCAAUUUGCUUAGAAAUCUCCAGGGGUUAUUUUUCUUAAAAGAGAUAACGUAUACGCUUUCAUUUCUUAAAUGUUCAUUUAGUGAAUGUUGUGCUCUAUUUCACAGGGCACUGGGAAAAUGAAUUCCCCCUCUUCCAAUAGGCUAAUGUGCUGUAAAUUAUGUUAGGUUAUGUAGCCUUAAUAUUUUUGUUAAGUGGGAUUUUGUGGAGGCAGUGAGUGUGUGACCCAGAAAGGAAGUAUCUUGACAGGGAGGCAGGAAGUUUUGGCUAUGUCUGUUCCUUUUCCUCCGUCUCAGUGUAAAUAAUUAAACCCCAGAAUAGAUUAUGGUGGAUGGUAACUUAUUUUUGCCAGUUGGGAAGAGUGCUCGGUCAUUUUUCAUCCGUGGCAAUGAAAUUACCUGCAUACUUAUUAUUCAAUGCCACUACUGAGGCACUUUGCCAAAUGGAAUGGGAAUUUCUUUUGAGUGCAUCGCGGCAGCAACCUAAUCAGCUGCUUUCCUAAACCAGACGGCUCCCAAGUCAUCUUAGUCAUCUUGGCUUGAUUUACGACAGUGGCAGAAAACUCGCUGCGUGCUGUGUGUGCACACCGAAGGGGAUAAAAUGAGGAUUUUGAGUGGCGUUCUGGUGGGGCUCUGUGCGCUGUCAUGCAUAGCCCACUGCGCAGGCUUGUCCACCUGCUCAUCUCUGGACAUUGGGCUGCUGAGAAAAAAACGAAUCGAAGCUAUUCGAGGCCAGAUCCUCAGCAAGCUGCGACUGGCGAGGGAGCCGGAGCUGGAGCAGGAGGACGAUGGAGAGGAUGUCCCGUCGGAUCUGCUCUCCGUCUACAACAGCACCAUCCAGCUGGGCGACGAGCACACGCGACGCACGCCUGUACCGCCGGCUGCAGACGACGACGAAGGGGAGUACUACGCAAAAGAGGUGCACAAGUUCAUCAUGAAACACACUGAUAACGGCACAAAGUAUCAAAUGCUGUUCAACCUGACGGAGAUGAGGCUCAGUCUGGGCUCGGACGUGCUCUUUCAAGCAGAGCUGCGCUUCCUGAUCAAGAACCCCUCCAUGGCCAACGGGACGGAGCAGAGGCUGGAGCUCUACAGAGGGACAGGCCCCAAGGCCCGCUACCUGGGCUCCCGCUUCGUGUCGCGGGGCUCGGCCGACAGCUGGCUCUCGUUUGACGUGACAGAAACGCUGCAAGGCUGGCUUCAGGGAACGGAGGCAGAACAAGGAUUUCAACUCAAGCCACACUGCGACUGUGGCAAGGAAAGGGAGGAUUUUCUCUUCUCAAUAUCUGGCAUGACCAAGGUGAGGGGAGAUACUGGGGCCUUGGCCAGCAUGUACAUGCAGAAGCCUCACAUUUUAGUGAUGUCACUUCCUGUGGAGAAACAGGAUGACCCCCACUCCCGAAGGAAACGACAGACGACGCCCACUGAUGAACCAUGCACAGAAACGUCAGACAACUGCUGUGUGAGGAAACUGUACAUAGACUUCCGGAAGGAUCUUGGCUGGAAAUGGAUACAUGAGCCUGCUGGUUACUAUGCCAACUACUGCAUAGGUUCCUGUUCAUACGUCUGGAACACUGAAAACAAAUAUGCUCAGGUAUUGUCCCUCUACAUGCACCAUAACCCUGGAGCAUCAGCCCAGCCCUGCUGUGUGCCCUAUGUCAUGGACCCCCUUCCCAUUCUCUACUAUGUAGGAAGACAACACAAGGUGGAGCAGCUAUCAAAUAUGAUUGUACGGACGUGCAAAUGCAGCUAAAGAAAUAUCAUCACUGUCAGAUAC